UCUUCUCAUCAACCAGAAAGACCCGUUACGUCUCAUUGUCUUUUCAACAUUUUUCUCUAUUAUAUUUCCUUAUAUCGAAACAAGAACAAUUUUAAAAGAUGCUUUGGUUUAGUGGGAGUAUACCAGAGGCUAUAGUGUCAUCCAAACAGCGGAAGUUGCCUUUUGUGGUGUACAUUGAAGGCGAAGAUGAUUCCUCAAAUUCAAUGAAUACUGUCUGGGAAGACCCAAAGGUGACAGAAUUAUUCACAAGUGACAAGUGUGUUGCCAUCAAACUGAAAAAAGACAGUGAGGAGUGUACACAGUUUUCACAGCUCUAUCCUGUUGUCUGUGUGCCAUCAGUAUUCUUUAUAGAUCAGAAUGGAAUGCCUUUGGAGCUGGUAGGAGGGGCAGUUGGUGUUGAUGAGUUUAUUGGGAAAACAAGCACUGCAUUUGAGACCUUUCAAAAGCAAAUAUCCAGUGUCCAAGAAAGUAUUCAGCUGGCCCCUCUAAGCUCAACCUCAAAUGCACAAGAAGCUACACCUUCAAGCACAGUUGAAGAAAGAGUUGAGAGAGCAAAAAGACUAAUUGAAGAGAAAAGAAAAGAAAAACAAGAAAAAGAAAAAAGGGAGCAACUUGAAAAGGAAACAAAACGGCGACAAGAAGGACAGGAACUAACAUUAGCAAAAAAAGAAAAAGAAGAUAGGAAACAAAGAGAAAUCGUUAAUCAAAUCCGGGAAGACAAAGCAAAGGAAAAGGCAGCCCGCGAGGCCGUUCUUAAGCAAAUCGCGCAGGACAAGGCUGAGAGAGAAGUGAGACGACAAAAUGAACUGCGUGAACGAAAACUAGCACCAACGGUGGCAGAUGUACCUUCAACAAGUCAAAGUGGAUCAAGUGAUUCGAGGACACCUACCAAACCAACAAGCACGAUAACUCGUCUCCAGUUUCGCCUGCCUGAUGGUAGCAGUGUAAUGCACACAUUCCAAGCAGACGCACUUCUAGAGGCAGCCAGACAGUUUAUUGAGUCACAAAUGGAUUCAGGGUUCAAUUCCAUCACCUUGUCCACCGUUUAUCCACGCCGACAGCUGACAGAAGAAGACAUGAACAUGACCUUGACUUCAUUACAACUUGUCCCUAGUGCCACUCUGAUCGUUUCUCCAGGAAGUUCUACAUCUUCUGCAGUAGCUACGAGUAGUUCAUCAGGUUUCUCGGGUAUCGUCAUGAUAAUUCUGGCGCCAUUCCUGGCAAUCUAUAACUUUGUCAAAGUGUUCAUAUUUGGUGGUUCAGACAACCCUAGGGGGUCAUAUGGUGGACAGAGCAACGAACCAAGAAGAGAGGAAGUCAAGGAAAGAGGAACUGACUCUAGCAACUUAAGAAGGCGCACUGGUAACCAAGGUAUCGCAAACAAAGAAGGGAAUAUUCAUCGCUUAAGAAAUAAAGACGAUGAUGAUGAUGAAAAUAACACUUGGAACGGCAACUCCACCCAACAGAUGUAGUUGUAAAUAGCUUUGAGAUUAAAAUUCUAGAAGUUACGAUAUUCUAUCGAUGGGCCUCAGGUGAUUUAUUUGCCCCUAUCUGCAGUGCCUGCUUCAUUCAACGCAAGCACAACUUAGCACAAUGAUCAAAAUUAUCUGUUCUUUUCCUUGUGCUUGCUCUGCUAUUGAAAACCAGUUUAGCUAUUUUUUGACAGAAGCGAAGCCAGAAGCCCAGACGUCUUGGGAUUUGCUGGUCUUGAAAUAAUGAAAAUGGGUAUUCAGCUAAUUAAAAAAAUGUUGAAUGCUGAAUACUGCUUACUGAAUAGUGCAUUCCAAGACCACAGGGCAUUGUAGGUCUCGUUAAUUUAAAAUAAAAAAAGUAAAUAUACGGUUAUACAGCAAUUUGCUCUAUAUAUGUAGCUAGUAUAUUGUUUCAUAGAGUGCAAACAAUAUAACCGUGAAACUUUGGUAAUACUAAAUAGCACAAUUUCAUCCAAAUUCCAUUGUUUUCUAUUGUUUAAUUAGCACUUUUUUGUACUAUUUAGUACUUAGUGUUUCACGGAUUGUUUGCACUCUUUGACAUUUAGUGUGCAGUAUUUUAGUAUUCAACAUUUUUUGAAAUAGCUGUAAGUGCAAAGUUAAAGGGGAACAUUGCGUUGCAAAUAAUUAAACUAUUUAUAAGAGCAAUUUAGAACUGUCAUGUGUUAUGUUCAUGGUACAAUAUACCACCAGCUUACUGUGAAAUUUAUCCACACAAUUUACAGAUAAACUCACAGGUUUUUUUGGAUGACUAGGAAAAUUGUGGUAUUGACUUUCAGCAUGGUUAGGUACACCAAAACACUGAAAUGGCCCAAAUGGGACUACUGCACAGAUUUAUUUACCUAAUGGUUUAUUUUCCUCAUUCAUACUGAGCCUGCUGUUAAGUUGCAAACAAUGCCUUAAAGCCGACUUUUUAGCUUUCUUCAAGAUGGAUCUAAUGUCGAACUCGAUUCGCGUUGAACGGAGGAUUUCAAAAUUGAAGAUUCACAAUUCUAUACGAGUUGAAUUCUUAUGAGGGAACUUUGCGCUAGGUUGAUGUACAAUAUACAGCUAUUUCAAAAAAUUUGGUGAAAUUUUUUGUUGAAAUGUAUCGAUCAGCAUAUUAAUAUGUAAAUAAUGUCAGCACUUGAGAAAUCAUGUCAGAAAAUGUGCAAACAAAGUUUAGGGUAAUCUAUGUUAUUGUGAUGUUUGGCUCUUUGCUUCAUAACACAUACAAUGCAUCCCAAGCUUGGGAUGUAACAAAACCUUCACAAUCUUUUUUUUGGAAUAGCUGUAUACACCCCUUACAGCAUGUUGGAAUGCAGCUCAAUUUGGAAGACAUGGCAAUUGGUUUCCAAUUAUUUUCAUGGGAUUGAAAUUCUUUUAUUUUGUCCUCCAAAUUGAGCUGCUUUGACGUCACAUGCGAAGGGAUCUAUUCUCAUGUGUGUAAUGAAUACCACUGAAGACAAAAGAUAGAAAAACAAUAUUAUACGAAAGAAUGAAUAAAUUAUUACGUCACCUGUUUGUUACAUAGGUUUUGAUUCCUCUGAUCCUCUCAGGCUUUGGCAAGAAGAUACUUAUCAUGAUGUCGUUAAACAAAGAUGGCGGCCUGUCAUAAGGGUUACUAGAUGACUGACAUUUAUUUACUCAGGACGGAUGACAAGCUAGCUAAAAUAUAACUUUGAAAAGAGGAAACCCACAGAAAUGUGGUAAAAUCACAAUUUUAAUGUGUAAUAAAAAUCUUUAUAAACUUUGA